AUGAUUGCAAAGGUAGCAAUUGUUGUGGUGGGUGGUUUUCUAGGAUGUAUUUAUAUACGAAUCAAACCACCACCUCCUAGGGUUUGUGGAUCACCUGGUGGACCUCCUAUUACUUCACCUCGAAUCCAACUUAAUGAUGGAAGACAUCUAUCUUACAGAGAGUGGGGAUAUGGAGAGAGUGAUCCACAUCCAAAGCGUUCAGUGAAAAGUGAAGCAUUUGAUGUUCAAGAAUUAGCUGACUGCAGAGAGUUUCAUGGCGACGUUGCUACUCCUUUCACCUCUAUCUGCUCCAACAGUCGACAACAAUUGGGAGUCAAGCAGUUCCACCACUCUGUUCUUGAAAUCAUCUUUUCUCUGGAUUACAUACCGAAGCAGUUUAGGGAAGGAAACCUUAAAGAUGGAUGUACAAAGUACGAUUUGGAUUAUAAAUCUCCUAAUAGAUCAGGACAAAACUUCAAGUCAGGAGAAGAUAUGGUUGAGAUGUUGAAGAAGGUUAGCACCAUGUUCUGA